UACCAUUGGCCCUCAUCCAGGAAGAAAUGAAGUUUAUCCUACACCACCAGCAGGUUAUGUACCACCUCAAGUCCCGAUGGUGAUACCAGUCCCAGACAGACCCCUGGGCUGUCCUCCGGGUCUGGAGUACCUGACCCAGAUUGACCAGCUUCUAGUUCAUCAGAAAGUGGAACUAAUGGAAGUUCUCAUGGGAUGGGAGACCAAAAAUCAAUAUGUGGUGAAAAAUAGCUUAGGGCAGCAGGUGUUUUUUGCUGCUGAGGAGAGUGAUUUCUGUACUCGUAUGAUGUGUGGAUCGGUGCGCUCCUUCCUGCUUCAUAUCCAGAAUAGCAUGGGACAGGAAGUGAUGACUUUAUCCCGUCCGCUUAAUUGCAGUAGCUGUUGUUUCCCUUGCUGUCUGCAAGAGCUGGAGGUUCAGAGCCCUCCGGGCAGCCCUAUUGGUUAUGUUAUGCAAAGCUGGCAUCCUUUCCUGCCGAAGUUCACUAUUCAGAAUGAGAGAAAAGAACCCGUUCUGAAGAUUGUGGGGCCGUUCUGUGACUGCAAAUGUUGUUCUGAUGUUAUUUUUGAGGUGGUGUCACUGGAUGAGUCCUCAGCGAUUGGUCGAAUUAGCAAACAGUGGACGGGAUUUGAGGCAGAAGCAUUUACUGAUGCAGACAACUUUGGCCUACAAUUUCCAAUGGAUUUGGAUGUGAAAAUAAAAGCAGUUCUAUUAGGAGCCUGCUUUCUUAUUGAUUUCAUGUAUUUUGAGCACACUCAAAACCAAGAGUGAAACCCUCCUGUGUCACCAUGAAGUCAUGUAUUGUUCUCGUUAGUCCCUGAUUAGCUUACCUUCCUCCACCUGUGCCUGUUUAACUCCCUCCUCACUCUGUGUAUUUACACUCCGCGUUCUGUUCAUUCGUUGUCAGUUAUUGAACGUGGUCACGCUGUAUGUGUUACUCACCAGUAAACGUGAAUGUUAUUUGGAUCCUGCAUCAUUCGUCUUCUUUCCAAGGAAAGUUGUGACAUCCUGGA